GUCUUUGACAGCAGUGGCGGAUGGAUGUUCUUCCCGGCAAGCGGCCAUCACGUACAUCAAAGUAUACUCCGUACAUGCUUCGUACACCGGCCACAUGGCUUCUCGAUCGGGGACGAAGAAGCCUUCCAGAACAUAGAAACCCACCUUACUUUCUGUCGCGUUCAUUUCCCGCGAUCGGACAUGGGGGUGGAGAUUGUGCCUGCAGUCUUGUGAUCGAUCCCGAUUCACCACGAACGGGGGGCCUGGAGAAGUAAUAGUAAAAUAACCCUGGUCCUAAGAAGAUCUCUCCUUUUCUUUUUCUUUCUUUCUUUUCUUUUUUUUUCUUCUUUUCUUUUUUUUUCCAUCAUUAUACAAGGGAGGAAGAACAAGCAU